AUGUCUUUUCUCCGCACAACCCGCACCUUUUCCACCCUCCGCUGCACCGCCACCCGAAAAUUCACCACAACCCGUCUCCUCGCCCUCAAAGUCGACUCGAACUUCAUCUCGCAAAUCACGGCGGCCGAGAAAGCGCUCACAAACAGUGAUGAACCGGUCAAAGGCGGGCCGACCGCAAAAGCGCAAUCGCACGUGGGCCAGGAGCUCAGCGCGGCGAUUGUGAGCGACAUCACGGCGGGCGAGAAGGUGAUUACGAACAGCGAUGAGCCGGUGCAGGGGGGACCGACGAGUGUGGCGCAGAGUGCGCUGGUGGGUGGGCAUGUGCGCGAUGUGGGUGGGGAGAAGAAUACGAGUAACAGUUCGAAGAUCUUGUCGGAUUUGAGCCAGAACAGCAGUGCUGCGAGUGCGAAUGCGAAUAGCAGUGCCGGGGAGCACACGGGCAAACUCGACUCGUCGACGCUGUCUAAGAUCACAGAUGCGGAAAAGAAACUCACGGGUCAGGAUGGUGCGGUGCAGGGUGGUCCUACGGCGCAAGCGCAGAAACAUGCAAAUGAGCCGAUUACCAGCCAGGCUCUGCAUGAUAUCACCGAGGGCGAGAAGAAGAUUACAGGAGGUGAGAGGGUCAAGGGAGGGCCGACGAGCACGGCGCAGAGCGAGUUGGCCAGGAGCCGUGCGAACUAG